AUGAGUUGCAACAUUAAGGAGACUAUCACUGUGUCUAGCAAAGGCAGGAGCAGCGGUGGCAGCUGCAUCAUUGGUGGUGGUGGUGGAGCACGGAUUUCUUCCUAUGGGAUAGGCAGCGCCAGGGGUUUCUCUGGAAGGAGCUACUGCGGUGGAGUGAAUUAUGGAGGGGGACUGAGCGUCGGUAGCUUGGCUGGUGGGAGCUAUGGAGGUGGCAACUGCUAUGGCAAUGGCCUGGGGUUUGGCCUCGGAGGAGGGGUGGUGGUCGGGGGUCUCGGGGGGGACUGCUUGCUGUCGUCCUGCGAUGAGAAGGUCACCAUGCAGAACCUCAAUGACCGCCUGGCCUCCUACCUGGACAAGGUGAAGUGCCUGGAGAAGGAGAACGCCGAGCUGGAGUGCAGGAUCAGGGAGUGGUACGCGACACAGGGCCUGUCCUGCGAGCCCCGGGACUACAGCUGCUACUACAAAGAGAUUGAGGACCUCCAGAACCAGAUUGUCUGUGCAACCAUCGAUAACAACAAGAUCAUCCUGGACAUCGAUAACAGCAGGAUGGCUGCCGAUGACUUCCGUGUGAAGUACGAGACGGAGCUGGCCCUGCGCCAGAGUGUGGAGGCCGAUAUCAACGGGCUGCGCCAGGUCCUGGACCAGCUGACGCUCUGCAGGUCUGACCUGGAGGCACAGCUGGAGUCGCUGCGGGAGGAGCUCUGCUGCCUGAAGAAGAACCACGAGGAGGAGAUGAACUGCCUGAGAAAGCAAUCGACUGGAGAUGUGAGUGUGGAGGUCAAUGCCUGCCCUGGACCAGAUCUCAGGCAGAUCUUGGAGGAUUUGAGAUGCCAGUACGAAACACUGAUAGCGCGGAACCGCAAGGAAGUCGAGGAUUGGUACGAGUGCAAGAUUGAGGAGGUGAAUCGGGAGGUUAUUACAAGCGGUCAGGAGGUGGAGACGUGCAACAACCAGGUGACUGAACUGAGGCGCCAAUUGCAAGCCCUGGAAAUCGAUCUCCAAGCUCAGCUCAGCCAGAGAAAUAAUUUGGAAUCGUCUCUGGCUGAGACCGAGUGCCAGUACAACACCCUCCUGGGUGAGCUACAGAACCAGAUCACGUGCGUGGAGCAGCAGUUGGCGGAAAUAAGGGCGGAAAUUGAGUGUCAGAACCAGGAGUACAAGACCUUACUGGACGUCAAGUGCCGCCUGGAGCAGGAGAUCCAGACCUACCGGUGCUUGUUGGAAGGAGGACAGCAGGACCUCAUUCACGGGGGAGGAAUCGGAACUGGCGGAGGGGUCAUCAGGACGAGCCACACCUACACAACCACCUCAGCUGCCCACUGCCAGCCCCAGGUCCCACCCUGCAAGACUGGAGACAUACAAGUGACCUGCAGGAGAAUUUGUGAUUAAGGAGGAACGGACUGGAAGGUGACAGGGAAACCCAGAGACAAACCCAGAACACUC